UAACAACACGCGAUCUUGACUCUUGAACUAUUCACUCCUUUCACAAUUCGUACGCCGUUGGACACGAAAAUACGGCGAAUUGCUGCGACACGGCCCCAUGAUUGGAAAGAGCACGAAAACGAGACGAUAAAUUGUUUGACUGAAACAUUGUCAUUGGCAUCAAGGGGCCUCCUUGUUCCCUGAAGCGUCGAUCAAUAAAAGCUACUUCAACGACAAAUACCACAUUGUGAACGAACCACGAUACGACGACGAUUUUUGCGUGGGAAGCCUAACAACGAGGCUUUAGAUCGUGGGAGCAAGGGCAUGGCGCCAUCAUGUCGCGCCAAUACCAGUAUCACACCAACUCCAAGGUCCCAAGGAACAUCCAGUCAAUAGGCCAUGUACUAUCAGUCAACGCACAGCAGACGGCGCGUCAGCUGAGGCUGUGGGCUCUUGGACCGGGAAAACGUCUAGCUGCAUCGACGGGCGAACGAAUUGCGCGAAGAUUACGGCGGAAUCUUACCUCGAGACGGUUGUUGAGCUUUCCACAUUUGGUGGUAUUGUUCUGGAUGGUAGUGUUGUUGUAUGGCGAGAGAUGGGUGUUUAAUAGCAAGGUUGCGAGCUGCGAUUGGGAUCAUUGGGAGAAAUGGCCGAAAGAUGCGAAACCUCACCACCUUGUCUUCGUUGCCGAUCCCCAAAUAAUCGAUCCUCAUUCCUACCCAGGUCGUCCCUGGCCUAUCAACCCUCUCACAGUUCUCAUUACCGACAACUACCUACGACGCGGUUACCGAGCCAUGCAGCGCCGAUUACACCCUGAUAGUCUAUUCUUCCUCGGCGAUCUUUUCGACGGCGGCCGCGAGUGGAAGACCCGUGAGGGCAAGUUCGUUGAUCCGAAGUGGGGACGUGGCCGGUCAAAGGAGGAGAAGAAGUUGGUUCAGACGUGGCACGACAAGUACGGCGAGGAUUUCUGGCUACACGAGUAUGAGAGAUUUGGAGAUAUCUUCUUUGAGCACUUCAAUGACGGCGGAGAAGCGCCUGGAGCUUGGCAGCGUGGGCGGAAGCUGGUGACGAGUUUACCUGGAAACCAUGACUUGGGUUUUGGUGCGCAGGUCCAGGUUUCAGUGCGGGAUCGAUUCAGUGCAUUCUUUGGAGAUGUGAAUCGUGUUGAUGUUGUUGGAAACCAUACGAUUGUCUCUGUUGACUCAGUCUCUUUGAGCGCGGAUACUUCAGAGUGGAAGAACCAGCAUGAUUUACAGCCUAUCUAUGGACCCGUGAAUGAGUUUUUGGAUGGUGUCAAGACACUGAAGAGAAAGGCGGCUGAGGAGGAGUUGCGCCAUUACUACGAUCUCCAAGGAGGUUUACGAUAUCCUCACCACGUUGAAGAGCUGGAUAGGUCGAAACCAACAUGGGGGAAUAACCCUGAAGCAGAAAAGGCCGACGGCCCUGACUUUCCUACGAUUCUUCUUACUCACGUCCCGUUAUAUCGAGCCCCUGGAACACCUUGCGGACCUCAGCGAGAACAUUGGCCACCUGCCAAACCCCCCAAGGGUCAGAAGGAGCCUGUAUUCCCUGAUCACCGAAAUGCUCUCAGCGUCGUUGGUGGAUAUCAGUACCAGAACGUGCUCAACGAAGAUGACUCAGUCAAACUGGUGAAGAAGGUGGGCAAUAUCAAGCAUGUCUUUUCAGGCGACGACCACGACUACUGCGAGGUUGUGCACUCAGACGCGAAAGAGAACGUACGGGAAAUUACCGUCAAGAGUAUGAGCAUGGCCAUGGGUGUUCCUACGCCGGGAUUCCUCAUGGCGAGCAUGUAUAACCCUGUUGAUGCACAGGGCAAGCCACUACCUGGAGCACCAGAGCAAACGAUCCAGACCCAUCUGUGUCUUUUGCCGAACCAGAUCCAUACAUAUAUGGAGUACAUCGUCUUCAUCGUCGCAACGCUUGUUCUUCUCGUCGUUCGCGCUGCGCUUGUGCCGGCGCUCUCACUCGCCCCUUUCGCUCUCGAGCCCGAGAAGUCAUCGCCUUCGGCUGUCCUGCCUAUGUAUAAGGACAAGAUGGACCCCCCUGAGGCAUCGUCAUAUCGCAACACCACAUCUUCAGGUACUUCAGCACAUCACCUACCCUCACGUCUAUCAGCUGCAGCUCCACGGAACGGGAGGAGUACAUCUCCUGUCCAAACAUCAAGUCGGUGGCAAGCUCGCCGUGGAGGUCGUAGCGAUAAGCGCUGGGGCUGGGGGUCUGCAGGCGGACCACGAAUCCAUCUCGACGAUAAUCUCUUCAGCACAAGCGUUCAGGAUCAACGUAUUGGUGGUAAGAAAGCCCUUGGAGUAAUCGGUCGGGAAUUAUGGACGACAACAUGGCGUGUUGCUUGGAUGACAGUAUCAUUUUUCGCAUAUCUUGCAUGGAGAGGAUAAAUAAACGCCAUUGGGAGGAGUAUCGGUUUUGGUCAGAUAGCUUCGAGCUUUCUGUAUAUAAUAAUUCACGUUGGGUUAGGAGAACAUAUCGAUGUUCUUGGAAAAGCAGGCUUUGCUUAAUAGGCGACAUAGCGCUCACGCAGAGCUGCUUUAUACGUAUAAAAUAUAUUUCAUCAUGCAAAACGGCUAAGAGCCAUGAGCCGCGUUAUCAAUCCCAAACCCAUCAUAGGCAUAACUCGUAACCACUCCCUCCACUCAUCUCCUCCUCGAAACACCGAUUCUCUCCUCCCUCACCCUUCGAACAUCAUCAUCCCUCUCCCUCUCCUGCAACGCCUGAUGGACGCCCUCCAUAUCAGCCUGACUCUGCUGAGCAGCCGCCACAGCAGCGGCUCUUCGCGCUUGUUGUGCUGCGACGAGGGCUUCACGCGCACGACGGUCCUCGUAAGAAGCGACGUCCUCUGAAGUGAUGUGUAGAGUUGUUGCAGGUCGUCUGAGCAUUGUGAUUUCUUUGUGGUAGGCGGUGGUGGAGUUGUUUUUGGCUUAGAGAAGCGAUGAAAACAAAGGGCUUUUGUUGUUAUGAUGACUUUAUGAGUGUGAUGUGAAAAUAAAGGGAGAGGUCUUUGUAUGGAUUCUUAUUUUGGUGAUAGAAAUAAAAGCCAGCGGGAGAAAUAGAAAAAGAACAGGUAACGUCUUUUGUUGCUGUUUCUUCUUUGUCUUGGGUCUUGAGUAUGAGAUG